AUUAUUUUGUAGUUGUUUGUAUAUGUACUUGUACUCUUCAUUCGGCUACAUUCGGUCAUUUCCUGAUUUUAUAUCCGGUGGUGUCGCAACUCUCUAUGGCUCUGGUUUGUUCUAUUUUCCCCAACAGACUUCGCUAUAGGACAGAACAAGAACUGUAACUAUCACGUGGUUAUGUUUUACCUCUGACCCCUUUCAUUCAAUAUUAUGUCCAAAUUUAUGAACGCAAGGGUCACGUAUUCGCUUUCAAAACUAAAUUGUGACGCUGUUGAAACGAAAGAUUGAGUAGCUUCCAGCCAGUCUCAUUGAAUGAAGGUCCAGAGACAUGUUUUUCAACAUAUACGGUAAAGCAUUUGCUAUUUUUUACAGGCACUAGGAUGCGGUACUGCAGCACACGGGGCGGGGUCCAUGGGUGGGACUUUCGGGAAGUACUGCUUUCCGGGUACGCCCCCGAUGGAGGGAUGUUUAUGCCUGAGAACCUUACCACCUUGACCCCUGAAACCUUAAGGUCAUGGGCUGCCCUGUCCUACCCCCAGCUAGUGGUUGAGGUCUGCUCCUUGUUCAUCCCUGCAGAGUUAGUUCCCCGCCCAGAUCUGGAGGCCCUGGUCUGUGCAGCCCUAUCAGGGUUUUCAGUGCCAGGGGCCGUCAGAUUGGCUAGGCUGAAGGAUGGUCUGGCAGUGCUGGAGCUUUUCCAUGGGGAGACCCUGGCAUUCAAGGACCUGGCCAUAACCUGCACAGUGCGCUUCCUUGAUUACUUUCUGCACAAAGAGAGCCGGCGCGCCAUCAUUCUUGUGGGCACAUCUGGGGACACCGGUGGCUCAGCUAUCCAGAGUGUAAGAGGUCUGGGGGUGGUGGAUGUGGUGGUGGUGUACCCCCGGGGCCGCAUCACCCCUGUACAGGAAAAACAGAUGACUACCUGCCUGGAGGAUAACGUCCAUGUGUUUGCAGCAGAUGGGAGCUCGGAUGAAAUAGAUAUUCCCCUGCGUCAUCUGUUUGCUGACCAGGAGCUGGUGAAGAGCCACAGCCUGAUGAGUCUCAACUCGGUCAACUGGUCACGGAUCAUGAUCCAGCUGGCACACUUCAUAUACGCCUACCUAAAGAUGAGCGGACUGGAACAGACAGUGACCGGGGCACCCUUGCCUGUCCUAGAAGUAGUAGUGCCCACCGGAGGAGCAGGAAAUAUUGCUGCUGGCACCAUUGUAAAACUGAUGGGGGUACCGUUGCGCCUUGUUGCUAUGGUGAACUCAAACAACAUAGUGCACAGGACAGUGAAGAGUGGGGACUUCUCCAUGGCAUCCAACAUCACAAGGACCUUGGCCCCAGCCAUAGACAUUCAGGACCCAUACAACAUGGAGCGUGUGUUUUGGCUGCUGUCUGGGUGGGAUGGAGCCCUGGUGAAAGCCAUGAUGGAGGAGUUCCAACAAUCCCACAGACACACUCUGCCUGAGGGUCUCCACAAGCAGUUGUCCCAGGUGAUCUCAGCAGGUACAGUGGGGGAUGAUGGUAUAGUGGAGACCAUGAGGCGGUGUUGGGAGGAGAACCAGUAUGUGCUGUGUCCUCACACAGCUGUGGCUGUGUGGCAUCACUACCACUGUCCACCCAGCCCUGGAGUCAACAGGUGCUGCAUAGCAACAGCAUCUCCUGUUAAGUUCCAGGCAGCGGUACAGGAGGCGGGUCUGACCCUUGACCUCCCAGAGGCUGUGACGGCUCUAGACAAGAUGGCCACUCGCUUCCAAGACCUGGAGAGGGGACAGGACUGGAAAACAGAUUGGGAGAACAGGCUGAGGGAGAGAAUCCAGUCAAUUGGCUCAGUUAGGCAACAGAAGGUGUCUUAUUACAACUGAAAUUAAAACAUAGUCUCAAAAUCACUUAUAAUCACUCAAGCAAGUGAAUGCGUUCUGAACUAAUGGGUGUAAAAAAGACUUAAAAGCUGCAAUAGGUAACAUAAAAUAAAUUAAAAUAUGAGAAAUAGUACCCCCAAUUUUUGUCUGAAAUUCUGUGCUUUCCUCCAGGUUGAGUGAAUGACAGUGGCUUCUCAAAAUAAUUAAACUAGGCCUUCCUCGCUGAAGGCGUUUGGCUGAAACACAGAAUUAAUGGAAUGUAAUAAGUUGGAAAGUAGCAGGCUGCAAACAUUUUAUUGACUUUUCACAAGCACUAAGCUGUCUGUGCACAUGGCACAUGGUCUGUCUUGUUUUAGGUCUUUGUCAUAUUAGACACAUAGAUUGGUACAUAUUGGACCUCUAUCUAAUAAGUCUAAGGAAAGGUGAAAGGUUAAAUUAACAUCCACAAUGCAGAGGGUGCGCUUGUCCACUACAGCGACGCGCUACGAGCGACGCAAUGCUUUCAUGUGAAUCGCUUGUGUGGUGCAUUGUGGGUAGCGACGCUACGCGAUCCAAGUUGCGAUAUUCUCAACUUUAUGGUGGUGUCUGAAACCGCUCCAUGUCCACUAUAUAGUGCACUAUUUAGGGUGUCAGCCAUUUUGUAGAGGUGUCCGAAUUCAUUCACUCAUUUAUUCAUUCAAUCUCUUUCCCUACAUUUGUUCACUUAUCCUUACCCACAUGCAAUCUGAUUUCGAGGGUACAUCCUAUCAGAGAAUGUCUUAUAAGGGAAGAACUACCACUCUCGGGAAACUUAUGGCUUCUGAACUGGUUGCAGUUCCACUCGAGGUUCCAUAUGAGGGCGCUCAUGGGUCAGUGCAGAAUGAAUGGAGAUCUAAGGAGCCAUACCCCCUCAAAAUCCCCUUUUCUCAGGAGAUAAUUUAUUGUCUAGUAAUUUGAAUGUUGCAUUCGAAAGGGGAGGUGUUAACACAUACGUCAUACGUUAUGCGUGAUGUUCAGUAUAAAUCCAAUUUCGCAAAUAAAGACUUUCUCUUAUUCCGGUCUACCAUUAA